GGUGUUGAGUGGUAUAAAAUGAGAACAGGUGCUUGAUCAAAGCACCAAAACAGAACCUUUUUAUGAACCUCUACUCAUUUAGAAGAAUGGUUUCUCUGUCGUCGUCGAGGUCCCAUAACCGCUACCAUGUCCGUUCCAUUAGCUUCCCGGGCAGGUCACAUCCUAGCACAAUCAAGAUUGAGCAAGUGCUGAACAAGAUCAAGACCUGGGAGGCAUCAUCUUCUUGUUCAAAGGCAGAAAAGGUGUACAAGGUUCUGCCUGGCCUUGUGGAAUUGUAUGAGUGCAUAGAAGAGCUUCUUGCACUGCCCAUCACUCAAAGGGAUCUUCUCCAGCACCACCAACACGAAAAUCUGGUCAAUGGGUUGCUGGAAAGAUCUGUGAGAUUCAUUGAUAUCUGCAGCAAUGCAAGAGAAACAGUCAUGAUGUCCAAAGAAGCCAUCCGGGAACUCCAAUCGGCCCUCAGGCGAAGCAAGGCAGGAGAUCAUCUCAACAUCGAGAGCGGGCUUGCUGCUUAUGCUUGCUCCAGAAGGAAGAUACAGAAGGAAAUCGAGAAGUCCCUCGCGAUGUUAAAGCAGAUAGAAACCUGCAGAAUGGCUUCCAAUUCAGAUUCUGUCAUAGUUGGAGUCCUCACAGAGGCAAGCCUUGUCUCCAUUUCUACAUUCCAAUCCCUGCUGCUGUUUCUUUCAGUGCCAAUCCUGAAACCAAAGCCUAGUAGAUGGUCAUUGGUCUCCAAGCUGGUGCAGAAAGGCGCAUUCGCCAAUGAUCCGGCAAAAAGGGACAACCUAAGCGAUCUCGAGAAAGUAGAUAUCGCGCUGAACGAUUUACUUCUCAAUAGCCAUGGCAAACAAGAAGCAGAAAAGCUUGAAUUGGCACAGAGCAGGCUGGAGACUCUGGACACUAGCAAUGAAAUUCUUGAAAAUGGGUUGGAGCAUUUGUUCAAACACUUGAUCCGCACAAGAGUGUCUCUCCUAAACAACCUUUCUGAAUAGUUCCUAGUAUCAUUUCCUUGUAAUUUUUAGCCAUUUGGAUCAUUGAAUCCAUUGCUGCCUGCGCAUCAGCUCAAGAUUUUUGGAUUCUUGAAGCUGCGAUAAUGCGUGUACAUGAGUGAAAAAUGUAUAGAAUAUUGAAGAAUAUAAUGUAACAUGUAAAGCUUGAGAAAUGACUUGGUAUUUGAAAUGAGAGUCAAAUUCAUCU